UCACCGCAGGCCUGGGAAUGCUCGAGUCUAGGAUUGUGUGAUGGCUCCCAUCCAGGUUCCCUUCCCUAGGAGACCCAGCUGGUGGCCCGGGGUCCCCGGGGUGCCACGGUUGGCGCCGGCCCCGAGCCACUGUAGGGCAGUGGUUGGGGCCCGGCUCCUCCUCCCCUUCCUCCGCGGAGGCUGACGUGGAGGCAGCGGCGCGGGCGGCCGCGGGAGGCGGCGGCGCGGAGGCUCGGAGGUGCCGGGCCCUCUCGGGGCUGCGCGGGGCCGGGGUGGCAGCGGCGACAGGAGCCUGAGGAGGAGAAGGGAGGCGGCCGUGCAGCCGGUCCGCGCAAGCCGGAGGGGACAUGGACGGCGAUCGGACCGAGAGCGACUGGCAGGGGCUGGUGAGCGAGAGAAAUGUGUAAAUCUUGAUGUGACCUGCCUCAAUGACAUCCGAACGCUGUGUCAGGAAUGCUUUGGUACCUGGUGUGUAAACGGAAGCUGGAGAGCAAGAAGGAGGCUCUGCUGAUCCUCUCCAAGGAGCUGGACACCUGCCAGCAGGAGAGAGACCAGUACAAGCUCAUGGCCAAUCAGCUGCGAGAGCGACAUCAGUCCCUGAAGAAGAAGUAUCGAGAGCUGAUUGAUGGAGAUCCAUCACUUCCCCCUGAAAAGAGGAAGCAGGCUAAUCUUGCACAGCUGCUGAGAGAAUCGCAGGACAGGAAUAAGCAUCUGGGAGAAGAGAUGAAAGAACUUCGGCAGAGGCUUGGAGAGGUCCAGGGUGACAACAAGCUGUUGAGGAUGACAAUUGCUAAACAAAGGCUCGGAGAUGAAGAAAUUGGCAUGAGGCACUUUGCAGCUCAUGAGCGGGAAGACUUGGUCGAGCAGCUGGAGCGAGCUAAGGAACAGAUAGAGUCGUUAGAGCAUGACCUACAGGCCUCAGUGGAUGAACUCCAGGAUGUUAAGGAAGAACGGGCUUCCUACCAGGACAAAGUGGACAGACUGAACCAGGAGCUCAACCACAUCCUGGGUGGUCAUGAGAACCGUAUUAUUGAUGUGGAUGCUCUGUGCAUGGAGAACAGAUAUCUCCAGGAGAGACUGAAACAACUCCACGAGGAGGUCAGCCUUCUGAAAUCGAACAUUGCCAAGUACAAGAAUGCUCUCGAGAGACGGAAAAACUCCAAGAGCCAAGGCAAAUCCAGCAGUAGUGCUCUGACUGGGGUCUUGUCUGCGAAGCAAGUUCAGGAUCUGCUCUCUGAAGACCAUGGGUGCAGCCUCCCAGCUACUCCCCAGUCCAUCGCUGACCUGAAGUCUCUGGCUACUGCCCUGCUGGAGACAAUCCAUGAGAAAAACAUGGUCAUUCAGCAUCAGAGGCAAACCAACAGAAUCCUAGGGAAUCGAGUGGCAGAGCUGGAGAAGAAACUAAGGACUCUGGAGGUUUCUGGUUUGUGGAGUCUUCCAGGCCUGAGCUACAAUGUUUCAGUCGGAUUCGGGAGGGGCAAGGACACCAUACUGCUCAGUGACCAGACUCUCCCCACCACACAGAGGUCAAAGUCCCCACUGUUGAAGUUUGUGGAACAACCCACUGAGAACAAGGAGAGUGCCAGAGAUGGGGAGAUUCAGAAGCAGGAAGGAGAUGAGAGCUGUGCAGCUGCUGAGGCGCUGACAGUGCCUGAGGAUGCUGGAAAGCCUGCCACAGUCAGCUCCGCAGCACCGCUGAGCAGCAUGAACCAGCACUUGGACUUUCAUCAUCCUCCGGUACCCCAGCUACCUUCCGAAGAAGUAAACACGGUGGGGAGGGAGAGUAUUCAACUGACUGAUGGACAGGAGGCUGCAGACCUGGAGGAGAUCCGAAGGGAGGUUCCCACAGAGGAACAGAGGUGUGAGCCGGGGCUGUCCCCAUCUAGCCUGGCCUCCCAGGAGGAAUUCACCACAACUCUCCAGGACCACUUGCCUUCCCAGCAGCCAGAGGUCAAAGCAUCCAGUGUGGGAGGUGACAGAGGCCUCUCAGAGGGUGGAGACACAAGAAGCACUGUGCAAACAUGAGGGGGAGAGAGACUGACGGUGACACGCUGAAGGCACCAGGGACAGUGAGGAAAGGCUGAGGCCUCCGAACAGUCGUCUAAACCCCUUUUCGCUAAACACCUUCCUGUCUGCAAAUGAGAAAAUGCUCUGAGCCUGCUACAAGCUGGGAACACCCAGUGGUGCCAGCUCUGUCUGAUUUAUUAAAGCUGCUCUGUGAGCUUCUCCGUGUCA